UUACCUUUGUCAAAAACAUCUGUUUGUGAUUAAUAUAUAAUACAUAAAUAUCUUAUUUAGAUUCAUGAAAGAAAAAGCGAACGCUGCUACGUUUCCCGUUCCCAAACUCCCAACAGCUCCAGUACACAGAAUAUACUCAAUAUACUAUGCUCCAGUCGACUGCGACCUGCGACUGGCUGCGACGACUGUGACUGGAACAGUCUGACCGGGCGACGGGGCUAGGAGCAUUUUCAGAAUUUACACUAUUGCCUGCUAUUGCUCCUAUUGCUACUCACGAGCGCAGAUGUCCUAAACAUGUAAACUGCUCCGAAAUGUCACUGCGAUUUUCUUGGAACUGGAGCAGUCACAUACUGCGACGUUGGUGGAGCUGUGACAAAGUAGCGGACUGCGAUUUCACAACCCACCUCUACUUGAGAUUGAAGUCGGACAAGCUGGUUUGAUAUCGUUUUAGUGAACUGUCAUAAUUUUCUAUUUUUUGCUUUAAUUCUCUCUCCAAUCCAUAUAUUUGGGAAAACGGUAGUUUCCUUGGAUUAUAUGUGGUGUAAAAUCAAAUACAAUAUUGGUAAUACGUGAUUGACACAAGGCGAGCUGUAAUUUUAAGGUAGAAACCAUGGCGAAUAGAACAGCUCAGAGGCCAAACGGUCAGACCCAAGGCAAAAUUUGUCAGUUCAAGUUGGUACUGUUGGGCGAGAGCGCCGUUGGAAAGUCCAGCUUGGUCCUGCGAUUCGUAAAAGGUCAGUUCCACGAGUACCAGGAAAGCACUAUCGGAGCAGCUUUUCUUACACAGACCAUAUGCUUGGACGAUACAACGGUCAAGUUUGAAAUAUGGGACACUGCUGGUCAGGAAAGAUACCACAGCUUAGCUCCCAUGUAUUACCGAGGAGCGCAGGCCGCUAUCGUCGUAUACGACAUAACCAAUCAAGACACGUUCGGCAGAGCCAAGACGUGGGUGAAGGAGUUGCAACGUCAGGCGAGUCCGAACAUCGUCAUAGCGCUUGCCGGGAACAAGCAGGAUCUUGCCAACAAGCGCGUGGUCGAGUACGAAGAGGCCCAAUCUUACGCUGACGAAAACGGUUUACUUUUCAUGGAAACGUCCGCUAAAACGGCAAUGAACGUUAACGACAUAUUUUUAGCAAUAGCGAAAAAGCUGCCCAAAAACGAGCAGAAUACAGGACAGGCCGGCAACGCGCAGGGCAGGAGACUAACGGAAGGCGACACUGGCCCAAAAGCCACAGGCAACUGCUGCAAGUGAUGGCCAGUUCGAAUAAAUCAAGUGUUAAUGCAAAUUAAGGGACUGAACUGUGCAACUGGCACUCUAGUGAUAUAUUGAAUGUAAGGAGUCCUUCUAAACAUUAAAAAAAGCGAACGCGAAAAAAAAUUACACUGUCAAAAAAUUUCCUUCAAAAUUUAACCGUUUCCCAGAUGAUUUUUAUUCAGAUAUAUUUUAUUUUUCUAUAAUUUAUUCCCCCUAUGAGAUUAUGCGCGUGACAGUGUAGCUGGUUUAGUAACAUUUUCGUUAACAAAUUAAGCACCACCUGUUUCUAACAUACAUAUUAUAUUUUAUUCCACAUUAGGCAUUUAUGUUAUCACUUGGCAAAGGUUAAUUUCCAUUUUAUUACUUGUAUCUGCCUUUUUAAGUAAAUAGAACACUUCUCAAUCAGAAAACGUAAAAAGAAUUAAUAUCAUAGUGUGUAACAGAGCAGUUUUUCCAUGGUUCUUAUUUAUCUCAAUACUGGUUUUUCGCAAGAAUAUCUGAUUAGGAAUAUCUUAAAAGGUACGCAGUAACACAGCAACUAUAACUUAUGUAUAUCAAUCUUUUUUUAAAUCAACCUAUACAUAUAUAUUAUAUUAAGAUUUUAUUAAUAAGUUACUAAAUAUUUAUAAUUUUUAGAAUUAUAUAUUUGCUAUCACCAAAGUUGUGAUUAAUUAUACAAUGAUAUAUGAUAUUAAAAGAGGUUAUGUAACAAGAAUCUAGAUGAAUAACGAAAUUACACUAGUGUAGUUGUACAAUAUAAAAGAAUGGCUUUCAUAUGAAAUUGUUUUUGUUCAUCCUUUUCAGACCAUGCGAAAAUUCUUUAUUGUCCGAAUAUGUUAAGAAGCUGAUAUCUUCUAAUCGCCCAUAAUGUGUUUUGGUAUUUAGAGCUUUUUAAAUAUAUAGUAACAGAAAAAAACUUAAUAGGUACAAUAUAUGAAAUUGUAUCUCAGCUAGAAAACGUUAAAAAUGUUUAACCUUUGUUAAGCAGUGUAUAUUAAUAAUAUAGUUUUUAAAAUUCGUUUUAAACGUUAGGAAAAAAUAGG